CUCCAGGUGCCUCCAGGCCCCGGAGGAUGGUGCGGUGGCCCCCGAGGACCGAGGAUCGCUUCCCGCGUGUACCCGGAUGGAGCGGCGCGGCGCCUGCACCCUGAGCCCCGAGGCUGCUGACCCCGAGGGCCGUGGCCGAGCGGGGAGCCCGGCGGCCUCCCCCAGCAAGGGGGCCGUCUUCUUCUCCGCGCCCGUCCUCGACUUGAGUCAGCGAGGCCUUCACCACUUGGGAGAGAUCUUUAAGAUCCCCAACCUCACGCAAUUGCACCUUCAGAGAAACGCCCUGGGCGCCAUCCCCAAGGACUUCUUCCAGUUGCUGCCCAACCUCACGUGGCUGGACCUGCGGUUCAACCGGAUCCGGGUGCUCCCCUCUGGGAUCGGGGCUCACAAGCAUCUGAGGACUUUGCUUCUAGAGAAAAACCCCAUCAGGAUGUUGCCGGUGGAGCUGGGGCACGUGAGCACGCUGAGGGCCCUGAACCUGCGGCAGUGCCCCCUGGAGUUCCCGCCACAGCUCAUCGUGCAGAAGGGGCUGGUGUCCAUCCUGACCUUCCUGCGCAUCUGCGCCGCUGAGUGCCCCGCCCCCGGGGAGCUGCCCCCCCCAGAGAGCACGCCGGGGGCCGGGACGGAGCUGGGCCCACUGCCGCUGCCCCGCCUGGGCCUGUCUGCAGAAUCGGCGCCCGGCAGAGAGCCCGGGGAGUCCCCGGAGCCCCAGGCGCCCGCCAUGCCACAGGAGAGGGGCGACCUCCUCCCGCCCGUGGACCGGCUAGGCCUGCGGGGGCCCCGGAGGGCCGAGGCCCUGGACGACUGGCCUAGCAGGGAGGAGAUCCGCCGCUUCUGGAAGCUGAGGCAGGAGAUUGUGGAGCAGGAGCAGGCGGAGGCACCGGGCACCCAGCUGCUGCCCAUAGAGCUGCCCCCCAACCUCAAGGCCGCCCUGAGCUCCAGGGAGAAGGGGUGCGUGGACCCAGACCCCAGGGGCGUCCUCAGGGGGAGGAGGCGCGGCUUCAGGGACACGCUGCCCGACCUGCAGAUGUCCAGCCAGGAGGGGCUCCGGGCACGCCGGCUGCAGCAGGGCCGGGCCCCGGGCUGCGGGGAGCUGUGGCACAAGCGGGCACUGCUGGGGCCGCACCAGAGGGACGCGCGGGCGCUGCAGGAGUGUCGGGAGCAGGCGCGGAGGCCCCAGUGGAGGGAGGCACUGUGGACUGUCCAGUCGCCGCACAAGGGCCCGGUGGCCUCAGGGGACCUCUUUGCCGCUGACCUGGAGCGCGAGACAGCAUCCCCGCCCCCCGCCCGGGGGAUGGGCCGCAGCAAGGAGGGCCCCUCACACACGAGGGGCGCGGCCAGCGGCCCCCGCGGGCGGAGCCUGGAGCACAGGCUGAAGCCGCAGCCGCAGUGGACGCACGAGGGCAGGGGGAGCCUCCGGGGUGCGGAGCCCCUGGCGCGGGUGCGGAGGGCCGCCCAGAACUUGGAGAUCGCCCGAACGCUGCAGGACGAGGUCGCGAAACUGAAGUUGGAAUCGACGACGCUGAACAGAAACCACCAGUUCCCCACGCUCAGCACCCCCGGCUCGCCCGCGGCCGUCAACACCAAGCGCUGAGAAGCCGACAAGGCCACCCCACUGCGGCCACGAGGGCCGCCGGGCGCCCGAGGGCCUGCCGGGA